AUGUUUUCAUUGUCCAUUUUGUCAAUAUUCAGCAUAUACAUGGAACCUGUAAACCAAACUGGUAUUUCAGAAUUCUUUCUCAUGGGAUUAACAUAUGUCUCUGAACUGAAACCCCUCAUCUUCAACGUGUUUCUGUCCAUGUACCUUAUCACCAUCAUUGGAAACUUACUCAUUAUACUGGCUGUAAGCACAGACUCCCGCCUUCACACCCCCAUGUACUUCUUCCUAUGCAAUCUGUCUUUCACUGAUAUCUGUGCAAGCACAACGACUGUCCCAAAGAUGCUGUUGAACAUCCAAGUACAUGACCAGAGCAUCACUUACACAGGCUGCCUGUCCCAGGUGUGUUUUCUCUUGACAUUUUGUGUUUUAGAGAGCUGUCUCCUCACUGUGAUGGCUUAUGACCGCUAUGUGGCCAUUUGUCAACCUUUAAGAUACACAAUCAUUAUGAAUCCUUUCUUAUGCAUCCUUCUAGUAUUACUUUCCCUGCUCAUCAGCAUGAUAAAUGCACUACUCCAUACUCUUCUGGUGUUGCCACUGUCUUUCUGCACAGAACAGAAUAUUCCCAACUUCUUCUGUGAACUUGGCCAGGUCACCAAGCUCGCCUGCUCUGAUACAUUUAUCAAUAUUCUUUUUAUUUAUACAUCAACCAUUGUAUUUUCAGUUGUCCCUCUUUCUGGAAUUAUUUUCUCUUAUAUUCAAAUUGUGUCCUCUGUCCUGAAGAUCCCCUCAACCAGUGGAAGACAUAAAGCUUUUUCGACCUGUGGGUCUCAUCUUUCAGUGGUAUCUUUAUUCUAUGGGACUGGUUUGGGUGUUUACAUGAAUUCUUCAGUCUCUAACUCUUCCAUUAGCAAUGUAAUAACAUCCAUGAUGUACAGUGUGGUUCCUCAAAUGCUAAAUCCUUUUAUCUAUAGUUUGAGGAGCAAAGAAAUCAAGGCAUCUUUGAAGCAGCUCAUUAUUGGGAUUAUUUGUUUUCCAAAGUUUUGUGUUCUAAUGUACUGA